AUGGCCGGAAGAGAGCAGCCAUACGAUCCGUAUAUCCCGUCAGGCAGUAAUGGGCAGACUGGGGGACAACAUGAGGGAGGAAAUGCAAGGACAGCAGCUAUUCAGUCCCAAAUCGAUGAUACAGUCAAUGUUAUGAAAAAGAAUCUGGAAUCCGUUGCGCAGCGUGGGGAGCAUAUUGAUCAGCUUCAAGACAAGUCAGAGAAUCUCAACCAGUCGGCUCAAGGCUUUCGUCGAGGCGCGAAUCGUGUGCGCAAGCAGAUGUGGUGGAAGAACAUGAAGAUGAGGAUUUGGAUCAUUGUGGGAAUUAUCGUGCUACUGUUGAUCAUCAUUAUUCCCAGCGCUGUCGAUUCGGCUGACUACCCAAGUGGCCAACAUGAGUCCCUCCCGUCGAUGGACUCGGAUGCCCUUAACCUCGCAUCGAUGGGCUACGACCCUACUCUCCGCAGAAACUACUCCGUCAUCUCCGUUCUCGCUGUCGGGUUCUCGCUCACAAACUCCUGGUGGGGCAUCAGCGGCGCCCUCGUCACAGGUAUCAACUCUGGCGGCCCCGUCCUCUUCAUCUACGGCAUCAUGCUCAUCUGCUUGAUCUCCAUCUGUGUCGGCAUCUCACUGUCUGAGUUAGCGUCCGCGAUGCCAAAUGCGGGUGGCCAAUAUUUUUGGGCGAGUGAGCUUGCUCCCAGGGGGUGGGCUGAUCUCACAAGUUAUUUGACGGGAUGGUUUGCAUGGGCGGGAGCAAUCUUCACGAGCUCGAGUGUGGCAUUGGGGACGGCGAGUGCGAUUGUUGGGUGCUGGCAGUUGAGUCAUCCGGAUUUUACUCACGAGUGCCCGUCACUAGCUUUCAUAGUUGGCCUCAUAAACUGCAACUACUCCUUCGCCUGCCUCGACUGCGCCUGCCAUCUUGCGGAAGAGCUCCCCAAACCCGAGCGCGCCAUUCCCGUCGCCAUCCUGGGCACCGUCGCCAUCGGCUUCUUCACCAGCUGGUUCUACGUCAUCUCGCUUUUUUACUCCCUCAACGACCUUGACAAGGUCACCGGCACCUCAACACUCGUACCCUUGCUGGAGCUCUUCUACCAAGCCCUUGGCAACAAGGCCGGGGCUAUUGUCCUAGAGGCAUUGGUCGUGGCUACAGGAAUCUGGUGUCUUGUUGCAAGCCAUACGUGGCAAAGUCGCUUGUGUUGGAGCUUCGCAAGGGAUGGCGGGAUUCCGCUGCCCAGUUUGUGGGCAAGGGUGGAGACCGGACGGGGGGAUGUGCCGUUGGCAGCGCAUAGUUUGAGUUGCUUCCUGGUGGGGGCACUGGGAUUGUUGUAUCUGGGGAGCUCGACUGCAUUCAACAGCAUUGUUACUGCGGUGGUGGUGUUGUUGUAUGUAAGUUAUGCUAUACCAGUCAUUUGUUUGCUGGUCAAGGGAAGGGACAAUAUCAGGCAUGGGCCAUUUUGGUUGGGAAAGGUUGGAUUGCUGUCAAAUAUCGUGCUUCUGGUGUGGACGCUCUUCACGAUUGUGAUGUAUAGCUUUCCGUUUGCCAGACCCGUGGAGGCAUCUAUUUAUGCCGUUGUGGUUCUCAUCCUCACAAUCGACUGGUUUGCACGUGGACGACGGAACUAUCGUGGCCAGACGAGACGACACGAAGAUGCUGCCGCGAAGGUACCGAUAGAGGAGGAAAUAGGUGCCGCGAAGCAAUAG